AUGGGCAAGCCAGACUUCCUCCCGCCUCCGUCGCCGGCUGCCGGGCCUUCAACGCCCUUGGCCGAGUCCGCCGGCUCCAUCUCGCUCAACCCAACGGCCACCACCUUUUCCGCUGCGAAUCUCGGCAACCAUCGCCAGACGUACUUUGACGAUGACCCUACCGAGCUCGGCAACGACGAUCUGCCGCCCCUGUAUGACGAGCACGAGAACGAUGCCGUCCCCUUCAUCGACCCUCUGGCCCCUGCUGGCCCUGCAGCCAACAUCCUGAACCUCGAGCCCUUCAAGCGGGACCCUCGCUCAGACACCGUCUAUUACCUGGAUCCCCGCCUCGACUCGGAUCCCAAGUAUCUCAACGAUGCUCUCGUCCACCUGUCCCAGCUGCCUCCUCGGCCGUUUGCCCAGAUCCGCGGCACACACACCGAGACUCGCCGCAAGUCGGAUGACAAGACGGAGCAGGUCACCGUGGUUGAUUUUGACAUUGAGAUUGAGCUCACGCACCUGCUCUACCACAAUAUCCAGGACCCUACAAACGGGGCCUGGCGAAAGCUCCACAGCGUUGGCAACCUGGAAAAGGUUCGCCGUGGCACCGUCUUCCCAACUCGCGCAGCUGGCUUCGGCGGCAGCGGCGGCAUCAUCGAAAGCGGCGAGCCUUCUGUCGAGGAAUGGUGCCACCGCUUCUGUGCCAGCCGUGCCGGUCUCAAGAACAUGGCCUUUGAACGUCGUGUCACCGGCUGGGACUGGGAUUAUCUGAAGAAGCAGCUGGAGCGCCUGGUUCACGACACCAACUAUCGUGGCCACACCAGCAUUACUUUCCCAGUGCGGAACUCGCGCGUGGAGAUUUACAAUGCUUGUCGUGUGAACCAGAUGCGUCUCACCAAAUGGAUCGAGGUCAUGUUUAUGCUCACCCUCAUGUUCCUCUUCGCCUGGCCGUACCUAUUCUUCCGCACCAAACGUUGGGAGACGGUAUACGCCGAAUGGUCCUUGAGCCGCGAUGAGCCGGAUGGCACUGGCUGCGUGGAACGUCGCUUUGCUUCCAUGAGCGAGGCUCAGUGGUACCAGAUGUGGGCGAGAGCCAUCCAGAAGGCCGUCUUGGAACGUAGACAGGGCCACCUCGACCAGGGAGACGUGGAGAGAGCCGACCAGCCGGCUGACCAAGCUGGCGGCUUUGCCGGCAUGGUGCAGGCUGGUGUGGAAGCCAUGGGCGUCGUCAACAGGUCGUUUGGAUGGGGUGGUGACAGCGGCAGCGCGCCCCGGCGCUUCAAGUUUGGAAGACGGUAA